AUGGAAAUUGAUCUGAACCAUCAAGUGACUGAAAUUGACAAGAAUUAUGCAUUAUGCAUUAAGGAAUGUGAAAAAGGUUGCAGUUCUUGUGUUUGUUGUUUGUCCCCUUCCACUUGUUCAUCUUCUAGCUCAACUUCACCACUUGCUUCUUCUUCUUAUCUUGACCUUUGGCAUGCUUGUGCUGGACCUCUAAUUUCUCUUCCUAAGAAAGGAAAUCUUGUGGUUUAUUUUCCACAAGGUCACUUGGAACAAUUUGCUUCUUUCUCUCCUUUUAAACAAUUGGAGAUACCAACCUAUGAUCUUCAACCACAGAUCUUUUGCAGGCUUGUCAAUAUACAGCUACUUGCCAACAAGGAGAAUGAUGAGGUUUAUACACAAGUUACUUUGCUUCCUCAGGCUGAGUUGGCAGGUAUGCAUAUGGAGGGAAGAGAAGUUGAGGAAUUAGAAGGAGAGGAAGAGGGAGAUGGAGGGUCGCCUACGAAAUCAACUCCUCACAUGUUCUGCAAGACACUAACAGUUUCUGAUACCAGCACUCAUGGUGGCUUCUCUGUGCCUCGUAGAGCUGCUGAAGACUGUUUUCCUCCUUUGGAUUAUAAGCUGCAGAGACCUUCUCAAGAGCUUGUUGCUAAAGACUUGCAUGGUGUGGAGUGGAAAUUUCGUCAUAUUUAUAGAGGUCAGCCGAGGCGGCAUCUACUCACUACUGGCUGGAGCAUUUUUGUGAACCAAAAGAAUCUUGUUUCUGGUGAUGCUGUGCUCUUUCUAAGGGGUGAAAAUGGAGAGCUGAGAUUGGGAAUCAGAAGAGCUGUUAGACCUAGAAAUGGUCUUCCUGAAUCAGUUAUUGGUAACAAGAACUGUUAUCCUAAUUUCCUUUCUUCUGUGGCAAAUGCUAUUUCCACCAAAAGCAUGUUUCAUGUUUUCUAUAGUCCAAGAGCAAGUCAUGCCGAAUUUGUUGUUCCUUACCAAAAAUAUGUUAAAAGCAUCAAGAAUCCAGUGACCAUAGGGACAAGAUUCAAAAUGAGAUUUGAAAUGGACGAAUCGCCCGAAAGAAGGUGUAGUAGUGGUAUGUUGAUUGGAAUGAAUGAUUUGGAUCCCUAUAGAUGGCCUAAAUCCAAAUGGAGGUGCUUGAUGGUCCGAUGGGAUGAGGAUAUGGAUACUAAUCAUCAAGACCGAAUAUCUCCAUGGGAGAUCGAUCCUUCGACUCCUCUGCCUCCUCUAAGCAUUCAGUCUUCUCCAAGAUUGAAGAAACCGCGGACCAGUCUGCAGGUUGCCUCACCCAGUCACCUUACCACAGCAAGAAGCAGUGGAAUGAUGGGCUUUGAGGAGUCGGUAAGAUCACCAAAGGUCUUGCAAGGUCAAGAAAAUUCAGGUUUUAUGUCACGAUACUACGGAUGUGACAAAGGAACCAACCAGCCAGGUUUUGAUUUGAGCUCUUCAAGUCAUCGUCAAAAUCUUGCAUCAACUGGAAUAGGAAAAGUAGUUACCUCUUCUGAGCUUAUGAGUGUUCACCCUUUCGGUUACGCAGGCUUUAUGGAAAGUAACAACUUUCCAAGGGUCUUGCAAGGUCAAGAAAUAUGUAAACUCAAAUCCCUAACAGGAAAAGUCGAUUUCAACGUCGGUGCUUGGGGAAAAUCCAUUGCAAGUUGCACAAAUUUCAACCUUCAUCAAGGAACCAAACACAACUUUCAAUCUGCAUAUUUUCCUUAUGGAGAUAUUCACAAUGCUGAUCAAGCUAACAUCUUUAGCUCAAAACAGAAUGUGGGGUUUAACGCGCCGCCGAUAAUUGCAGGGAACAUUAGAAAUGAAGUUGGAAGAUCUGAAUCUAAUCUCCCAAUUGAGCAUAAGCUGCAGGACAAUAUUUCUGUUUCUGCUUCAAUAGGGACUGCUGAUAUGAAGGUUCCGAAUGAUAACAAUGUCAACGGAAAGGUAAACUCGUGCAAACUAUUCGGGUUUCCUUUGUCUGCGGAAACGAGUUCUCAAAAUUUACAGAGCGCUGCAAAAAGGAGCUGCACAAAGGUUCACAAGCAAGGAAGUUUAGUUGGAAGAGCCAUUGAUCUCUCGAGGUUGAGCGGCUACAUUGAUCUUCUGAGUGAACUAGAGAAACUAUUUGGAAUGGAUGGCCUUCUUAGAGACUCUGAUAAGGGAUGGAGGAUCCUCUACACUGACAGUGAGAAUGACAUAAUGGUUGUGGGGGAUGAUCCAUGGCAUGAGUUUUGUGAUGUGGUAUCCAAAAUCCAUAUAUAUACCAAAGAAGAAGUGGAGAAGAUGACAUUUGGGAUGAACAAUGAUGAUACUCAUAGCUGUUUGGAACAGGCACCAGUGCUUAUUGAACCUUCCAAGUCUUCCUCAGUUGGUCAGCCAGAUUAUUCUCCAACAGUAGUUAGAGUUUAA